AUGACAAAGCCGUCGGGGGCGGAGAGGCAGCGAUCGCUCUCGUCCGCUAGCGGUGGAGGUGUUGGCCGUGCCCCCACGACCAACUCCCGUGGGUCCCUGCAGACGUCCAAGGAAUACGUGGCCCGAGCGCAGCAGUUCGCCGAUGCCCGCGUGCUCGAGACGCUCCGGAAAUACCACAGCAACAGGGCGGCUGCCUCGUACACGUUGGGAGAAUCACUGGGCGUGGACCGCUCGCAGUGGAAACUCGCUAAGGGCGGCGGUCGUCACCACUCUAUCGCUUGCUACAAAAAGGUGUCGUCCAGGGGCCCGUUCGGCGGUCUGAGGAUAUCGCGCAGGGACAAGCAGAGCCAACACGCAGCUGACAUGAUGCGUAUGACCAUGGCCGCCAACAAGAGCGCGCCGUCCGUGUUUGUCUCGGAACAGGCUGAGCUACUGGCCAUUGGAGUCGUUCCUGGUUCACUGGAGGACGUGCUGCACGGCACUGUGAACCUCACACCUGAAGCCAUGCAGAUCGAGAGUGCUCACGCCCAAUGCGACCUGCUGGACAGCCGCGUGCUGGCUGCACUCGUGGCUCCCACAGCUAGUUCACCAUUCCGCUCUCUCACUCUCAAGUGGGCGCUACGUCAUCAUGAAGUCCUGUCGAGGCACCGAGACUACGUAUACCUCGAGGCCACGGGAGUGGUGCGGGACCCCCAGGACAACGGCGCAAGGGUAGGCUACCGCCUUGUACACUCUGUGACACUGCCAUCCGCUCCAGAGCUGGCGCCAGAGAUGCAGAUUGUGCGUGGCCACUUGUCAUUUUGCUAUCUGUACCGACAACACAGCGAUUCUGAAGCUGAACUCUUCUUUCACGGCGGAAUUCUGCCACGAGGUGGCGCAAAGGACCGUCUGGCCUUCCAACUAACAGCAGAGGUUGUGCUGGCCUCGCCCAGUACGAUCGAGUGCGCCAUGAUGAAGAAAUUGGCCUUCUCGCUGCGGACCAAGCAGCCGGCAGCUCUCCGUCCGCCGUCCCCACCGCUGCAUCACAUCGAUGACGACCUACGGCAGACUAACGGCGGACGUAAAAGCUCAUUCGGUAUAAGUAUGUUCCGUGCGUCUAUGACGUUUGAUAGCAGUCGGAGUAGUAUUGUUUUUGGAGGGGGGCAAGGUGUCAGUCCGUGUCGUGUGUGCCGUCGUCCACUUCGGGCUUUCUUUGGUGGGAAAGUGACGAGCUGUCAGCUGUGUAAAGAACCAGUGUGCAAUCGCUGCAAGGUGCAUAAGAAGGUUUUUGUGUUUGAAACGGGGGUCUUCCAUCCUCAGAAGAUGGACUUUUGCUCCGAGUGUAUGGUGAACACAAACCGACUGAAUGCUGGGUGGGUAGCGUCGCAGGAGCUUACUGGCGCUGCUAACAGAGUGCGCCUGAGCGAGCGGAGCAGCUCGUCGGAGGAAGAGUGUGGAGUCAAGUCGCAGAUCGGCUUGGGGGCUUCAUGGCACGGUGGGAUGUCGCGCAUCGACGAGGGCCGCGCCACCAUGUCAACAGACGGCCCGAUGGGGCAUUCAGCUCCUCAGUCUGUCGUCUGGCUCCCCACGGACCAUCUGCACCCUCGCCUUACGUCCGUUGACCCCAUGGACGUGGAGAUAGAAGAGCAGAGCGAUGUGGAUGGGCCUCAGUAUGGAAGAUACGAUCGCAUCGAGGACGACAGCUUUAUCGAUACGGAAGCAUUCGUGACGCUGGACGAUGACGACGACCGCUUUGACGAAAUUAUCCCCAUGAUUGACAUUCCGUCGGAGGGCGAGGAGGACGAAGUCGAGAAUGAAAGCAUGCUCUCGAGCCACGCAGUGGACCUCGUGUACGUCUCGCAGAGCUCGUAACUAAAACAGACCACCAAGGCUUCGGAAAA